AUGCUACCGGGUACCUGCCUAGAGAACGGCCUCCGAGAUCAGCUUCACCGCCUAUUUAUUCCGAGCUCGUCAAAAAAAACUUCUAGUUCACCAAAGGCAGCUGAUCGAUAGAACUCAAAAGUUGUUGCUCAAAGUCGAUGAAAUGUUUGACUGAAACAACGAAAGAAAGGAUAUAUAUUAAUUGAAAAAAAAUCAAGAAAAUUCUGAAAACCUGAAAAAGUCAUGCAGAGAUCAGGGCACUUAACACCAUCUGUGCCGAAGUAAAUUCUAACCUCGGUGGUCCCCAAAAGAAAUUACAGAUCAAAUGAUGCCAAAUUUGGACCAAAAUCAAACAAAAUAAAAAGAAAUUUUGGAAAGAAUGAUCUGAAAAUAAGUCUCUGACUAAUUAUGACAAAGCUUGAAACCGAUCGAGAAAAAUUAUAUGGAUCCGGUCGGAAACGAGAAGAUCGAAAGAAAGGUUCUAUCUGAAAGAAUGGAAGUCCUAUUCGGAAAAGCAUAGGCAUUAACAUCGACGGCAAGAUCUUAACAAAUCUUCGCUUCUCCGACGGCAUCGUCCUCUUCGCCAACAGCACCUCCGACCUGUCAACCAUGCUCAACGAUCUAGACGCCGUCGGAAAGAAGAUCGGAUUUCAGAUGAACGAGAAGAAACCGCAGUGGUUGAGGAACCGCUUCUGCGACCAAGGUAACGUCACCCUCGAAGGACGAGACCUGCUUGAAGUCAACUCCUACGUAUAUCUAGGCCGAGAAGUCAACAUGACGAACGAUCUGAAACCAGAGAUAGCAAGACGCCGACGAGCUGGAUGGGCCGCGUUUAACUCCAUAAAAGAAGUUACCAACCAGCUGAAAGACCCAAAACUGCGAGCGCACAUCUUCGAAGCAUCCGUCAUCCCCGCCAUCUCCUACGCGACUGAAGUUUGGCCUGACACGAAGAACACCACGACCGCCCUACGAACAUCUUACCGCGCAUUGGAACGUGCGCUCCUCGGUACCACUCGCUUCGAACAGUGGAAAAAAGAACAGACGACCUCCGUCAGCGGUCCCAAAUCCGGGAUCUAGAAGAGCACAUUCAACGCGGGAAACAUCGUUGGGGCGGCCAAGUCAUCCGCAGACAAGACGACCGCUGGUCCGUCGCGCAAGACCAAGCCGCCUGGAGAACGUGUGGUCCACGCUGA